CACCAGUGCAGUGAAAUCAAAACGUGAGCAAAACAAAAACACAGAAAUCGAGAACACACGCACAGAGAGAGAGAGAGAGAGAGAGAGAGUAGAAGGGCCAUGGCUGCCCUGUGGUUCUGGCUCUUGUCCUUCUUCUUCAUUGUAGGUCUGCUAUGCACCCUCGGUUUCCAGCUUAUGUGCUUGGUGGACCUAGAGUUUGACUAUGUCAAUCCAUAUGAUUCAGCAUCUCGGAUAAACAUGGUUAUUGUGCCAGAGUUUGUAGCUCAAGGAGUCUUAUGCUUCUUCUAUCUUCUAACGGGAAAUUGGCUUAUGUUUUUGUUCUCUCUCCCGUACCUCUGUUAUAAUGUGAGAUUGUACAUUCGGCGACAACACUUGGUUGAUGUAACUGAGAUCUAUAACCAGUUGAGAUGGGAGAAAAAGCGGCGGUUCUUUAAGAUCGCCUAUCUUCUUAUCCUAUUCUUCCUCUCUCUAUUCUGGUUGCUUUGGAGUGUUACAGAUGAACAUGAUGACUAAUCAAGAAUUGCUGCUCCUGACGAGCUUGCGCUGUAUCUUUGAUGAUGGAGGGUCUGAGAUACAGAUUUCGGUGAUCAUUUUUGGGACUUCUGUAAAUUUAGUCAGGAUAUGACACCUUAUCGAUAAUUGUAUUAUUAUGUUCUUUCACUUUUUCUGUCCAGGCAUUCUUCCUUUUUUU